CUAUAGAUGUUAUCAAUCGCUCCUGAUCACUGCUAGGAACUUGUUUAACCUCAACCUAGUGCUUGGUUAAUUUUUGCCAAAUGAGGCUAACACGGUAUUAGGAUUAGCACGAAAUGGUUGCUUUAGUUACAUUUCUUCUCAAUAGACGAUAGUGCAUAAGAGUUUUGUCACCACCUUUUGAAUGUGAUUCAGGCAAAAAAGCCUUGUGACCAUUGAAUUGUUUAAGCUUGAAGUAUGACAUAUUCAGCAGAAUGUAUAUAGAGGGAUGGCUCAGUGGAAGAGCAUAUUGUACUUUCAUGAAAUGAUAUCUUGAUUUAGAUAAUGCAUAUGGUGAUGAUGAUGAUGAUGAUGAUGAUGAUGACGAUGGCAGUGCUGCAUCCGUGUUCAAAAUAGAUCAAGUUAAUAUUAACGAUAAUAAGUAUAUUAUUUUUCUUUGUCGCAAAUUGAUUGGAGUUUUUUCAUCCAUGUAUAGUCUUCGUGCACAGUUUGGUUCAGACACAAUGAAGAAUGCUGUGCAUGGCAGCUCUUCUGUGGAGAAGGCUGAGAAGGUGAUUAAAGAGUUCUUUCCAGAAGUGGAAAUUUUACCUGAUGGAACUGUCAAAGUACCUUCUGUGGAAGAUGAAGCUGCACUGGAAGGAAAGCCACAGGAGGAGAUAAAGGAAAAUCAACAACCUGAUGAUGCAUUCAGUGAACCACUGGGAAUGGAAAAUGGUAGCAUUCCCACUGAAGCCAUUAAAGCUUCAUCUGAACUUGACGAGCAACACAAUGCAUCAAGAGCACGGCUCAACACCAAACCUGAAGGAGAACUGAUGGGAGCCUGGGUUCCACUACAAAGUGAUGAAAACCAGUGGCUCGAAGUGGACCUUGGAAAGGCAACGAGGCUGGUAAAGAUAGCUUCACAGGGAGAAGCUGGCGAGUCGUCCCGUCAUGUCAAACAGUUUAGUGUGUCCUAUAGCCUCAGUGGAGAGCAAUUUACAGUUUAUACAGAGGAAAGCACUGAAAAAGUUUUUGAAAGCAAUUCAGACCAGGAUACGAUCAUAUACAAUAGACUUAAUAAUCCUGUCAUAACCCAAUUUGUAAGACUUAAUCCGAAGACUUGGAAUGAAGCUAUUGCAAUCAGAACUGAGUUUUAUGGGUGUGAUGCAGAUUCAUACAGUGAACCACUUGGAAUAGAAAAUGGUAGCAUUCCCACUGAUGCCAUUAAAGCUUCGUCCGAACUUGACGAGCAUCACAAUGCAUCAAGAGCACGGCUCAACACCAAACCUGAAGGAGAAUUGAUGGGAACCUGGGCUCCGCUUCAAAGUGACGACGAACAGUGGCUCCAGGUGGACUUUGGGAACGUUGUUGAGAUAACAAAAGUAUGCACACAGGGUGGUGGUGAUGGUGUAGAGCAUUGUGUUAAAAGUUAUGUCAUGCUGUUCAGUCAGGAUGGGGAGAACUUUCAGGAGUAUCAGGAAAAUAAUGAGGCAAAGGUGUUUGAAGGAAACUCUGAUGGCGACACAGUGGUUAGUCAUUGGCUGGUUCAACCUGUCAGAGCAUGUUACUGCAGACUGCAACCUAAAACAUGGAAUGAACAGAUUGCAUUACGAUUAGAGUUAUAUGGCAAAAUAGUAGCAUCAGGUGAAAAACAAGAUAACCUUCAAACAGAAACAGCAGAUGAAACAAAACAAAACACAGCUGAAAAUGUACAGGAUAUAGCUGAGAAACCUGCAGAUGAAGAAGUCCAACAACAAGCUUCCCCGGAGGGUGGGGAUGGUACCACUGAGCAAGUAACAGAUAAAGACAGUGGUGAGGUUCCAGCCCAAGAGGAAGGAAAUGUACAACAAGACGAAGGAGCUGACAAACCAGAGAGUGAAAGCAAGCCUGUUAACGAAGGUGAAGAAGCAGUGGCUAACAAGGAGGAAGAGACACCUGGCGAGAAAGGUGACGAAGAAAGUCAGCAAGAACAGCAGGAAGGGAUCUCAGCUGACAAUCAGCAGGAGGCUAAUGAAAAUGCCGAAGGUACGCCUGAGGAGAUUCAGGAGGUUAAAGAGGAGGCUCAGGAAGAGGUCAAAGAAAGUGCAAGUGAUGAAAGCAAACCUGAAGAUAGUCAGAAUCCUGAAGAGGGUCAGAAACCAGACGAUAGUCAGAACCCUGAGGAGAGUCAGAAUCCUGAAGAGAGUCAGAAUCCUGAAGAGAACCAGAAACCGGAAGAGGGUCAGAACCCCGACGAGAGUCCGAAACCUGCAGAGGAGAACAAUUCAGAAGAGACAGCAAAGCCUGAAGGUGAAGAUGUCGCUGUUGCUGAUGAUAAUGCUGAGCAGGUUAAGAAUGAGUCGAACCCUGAAGAGGAUAGCAAGCCAGGUGAUGGAGGGUCGUGAAUACGCUCUUGCCAUGGACUUUGUCGACUAAAAAUUCCCCAAAUUUGUUCUAGGUUUUGCUUGUUUUUGAAAUGCAUGUAAUUCCCAAAAUUGUUCAUUUUAUUUAUUUGAGAUGUGUUGCACUCGUGAUGUUUUCGAAUAGCUAAAUGGAACUUAAGGUAUUUGGUUGAGGUGUAAAUAUAGUAUGUUAUCCAUGAGUUAUAGCUAUCCAAUACUAACACUAUAAUGUUGUACAUACGUUUUAGUAAAAGUGCAUUUGAAAAUUC